AUGGCCGGUGUCGCGAGGAAGUUCGUCUUACUCGUGUGGAAGAAUCUGUUGGUGCGGUGGAGGCAUCCGAUACUGACCGGCUUGGAGGUCGUCAUCCCGAUCCUGAUCUGCGUCGUCACGUUUCUCUCGUAUGGAGAAUGUAACAUCCGGACCUUUCGGGACGAGGACGACCUGCUGGCGUUCCUAGAGUUGAACAACGUAUUGGAAGGACCGGACUUCGUGUAUGUCAGAGGCGCAGUCGUGUUCCUCGGUAACACGACCGACACGUCUUUCGACGAUGAAAAAUUACGUUAUAAAAUCAGGACUGGCUGGAGAAUCUCCGCCUCGCUCUUCGCCUCUUCUUUUGACCAAUACCGAUACAAAACCAAAUACUAUGGAGAUAAUUACUUGAAUGAAUUCAUUCCCAUUGAACUGCUCGUGAACAGUGCCUGGAUCAGAGCCAAGCAGGGUUGGGGUCCGUUUUCAAAGAAUCUUUCAGAACCGAUCUUCAGGGAAGCCAUGGUGGCGUUACAACAGAUGCCAUCCUCGGAAGACUUUCCGGACACGAAUAUCUUCAUCCUGGCGAUCCCUCUGUUGACGGUUGCUUGCUACCUCUUCUUAAUACCCGUCCAGCAUCUUAGCAUCGUCCGGGAGAGACAAUCCGGUAUCAAGGUAUGCACCAGUAUCAAGGAAUGCAUUGAGAUCAAGGAGCUGAUGAAGAUGAUGGGGAUGUCACGGAGCCAGUACUGGCUGAGCCACUUCGCAAACGGGAUCCUGUCUGUCAUCCUCGUUUCCAUCAUAGCGAUCGCGUACCUCAGCUUCAUCGGAUGCCUGCCCCAUUCCGACAAGUUUCUCAUAUUUCUACUCUUCUUCCUCUUCGGCCUCGCCUCUCUGGGAUCCAGCUGUCUAGUCACCACCAUCUUCCAGAGAUUGUCGCUGACGAUUCCGUUCGCGAUGUUUGUGACGGCGGGCACCUCGCUCCUCCCAGCCUUCAGCCUGGCAAUUAACAUAUUCCCGACGGAACAUUUGACACUACUGGCCCUCAGCUCGGUCGCCGCACUCUGCCUCCUCCCAAAUGUGGCUCUCGUCUUUGCGUUCUGGAUCGUCGGCUACUUCGAGAAAAGUGGAGAGGGGGUGAGGUGGGAGAACCUCUUCGAGAGGACGGAUUUCACGAGCCAGAUAACGAUGGGAUUCUUCUUAAUCAUGUUGUUGGCCGACAUAUUCAUCUACUCGGUUCUGACCGGAUACGUGGACACUGUCCGGCCAGGAAAAUACGGCUUGGCAGAGCCGAUCUACUUCUUCCUCAAGCCGUCGUUUUGGUACCCAACGGAAAAAUCUAAAAGCGACUUGGGAGAGACGGUGAGAGGUAACUCUCCAAGGCGAGGACAAUAUUUCCAAGAGGAUCUUCGGAAUCGAAAAGCCGGGAUCGAGAUCGUAAACCUGAGGAAAGUGUACCAGACGAGCAGAGGCGGGAAGGUGGCCGUGGACGGCCUGUCGCUGUCCGCCUGCGAGGGGGACAUCACGGUCCUCUUAGGCCACAACGGCGCCGGCAAGACCACCACCAUGUCGAUCAUCACCGGAGGCACGGCACUCGUGAACGGCUACGACAUCCGCCGAAGCAUGGAGAAAGUCCGGGACAGCCUGGGAUUGUGCCCUCAGCACUGCAUGCUCUUUCCAGAACUCACUGUGGCGGAGCACAUCUUCCUCUUCGGCCAGCUAAGGGGCCUGACGAAGAAGGAAUCUAUGAAUGUUGGCAGAAGAUACGCCGACCGCAUAUUGAUACCACUGGGUUCCCUGGCUCGAAAUCUAUCAGGCGACAUGAAGAGAAAACUUUCCCUCAUCAUCUCCCUCAUCGGCAAUACAAAGGUAGUGAUCCUGGACGAACCAACAACAGGUCUGGACCCCGAGGAUCGCCGAAUCAUCUGGGACAUCCUCCAGGAAGAGAAACGAGAUCGAACAAUUCUAUUAACGACCCAUUACAUGGAGGAAGCGGAUGUGCUGGGGGAUCGUAUUGCGAUAAUGGCCCACGGUCAACUGCAAUGCGUCGGGUCCUCCAUGUUCCUCAAGAAGCACUAUGGAAGUGGCUACACAUUAACGGUCACAAAGACAUCGGACUUUCAAGCUGGGGAAGUCCUGUCCAUUUUGCAAAAUUCCUGCCCGGAAGCAGAGCUAAGGGGCAGCACAGGUAGCGAAGAAAGUUACAUGUUGCCCUCCUCCACGGCGCAAGCUUUUCCUUCGGUCCUUGAAUCCCUGGAGAAGACGAAGGCUCAACUCGGCAUCCGAAGCUUCAGCAUCUCCGCCACCACCCUCGAAGAAGUCUUCCUCAGAGUGGGGGAGGGAGCAGACACUGAAGGAGGCAUAAAACACACUCCAGCCGGUCUCACCGACAUACAUCAUGCCAGCACCUCAAGGUUGAUGGGGAUGGAAGAUAAGAAGAGGAGAAAUUCUCUCUUCGUCCUGCAGUUCAAAGCCCUUCUCACAAAAAAGUUCAUUCAUAUAUCUCGAAAAUGGAAACUAACGAUUGUCCAGGUCAUCAUACCUCUGGGGUUGGUCCUUGGAGCUCAGUUAGCCGUCAAAGCCGCGAUACCGGUCUCAAAUCCAGAGUCCUUCACAUUGGCCAUGAAUGUUGACAUCUACGGGAAGAACUACGUCCCGUAUGAAGUCUGGCCUGGUCUCGAUGAAAAACUCAUGAAAUGCUUUCUCGAUGGAUUGCCGGGUAUCAGCACGCCUGAGAUGACAGUUUGUGCUCGCCUUGGUGCAGUUCUCAGUGCAUAUCCAAUUCCCGUCAAAAUCUCAGAGGGAGAGAACUUCAUCCAGUACUUGUGGGGAGUCGGGACAAAAGAUUGGCUGACCUACCAAGCCCAGUACGUCAUCGGCGGAUCCCUAUCCAGGAAGGAAAGGCUGAUAAAUGGGACUCAAAAUUUCACAGCCUUCUAUCAGACCGCCCCGCUUCACAGCAGCGGGAUCGCGGUGAACCACGUGAGCGACGCCAUGGCGAAGUUCAUCCUCGGGACGGAGCAUUCUAUCCUUGCUUACAACCAGCCUCUCCCAGACAGCUUCAGGGGCACUUUGGAUGACGCGAUCUCAAGUUUUCAGGGGAAAACUUCAGAUCGCUUGAAUGAGGAUGAGCAAAUUUUUUCAAGCAUUGCAUUCGCCAGCAUGCUCGGCCUGGGGAUGUCCCUCUUCGCCAGUUCCUUCGCCCUUUUCCCCGCGGAGGAGAACGAGUCGACCUCCAAGCAACUCCAACUCAUGACUGGGGUGCGGCCGGAGUGGUACUGGGUGGCGCACUUGAUGGGGGAUGGGGUCGUCUUCCUCGUCGUUUGUGCCUUGGUUGUUGGGAUCAUGGGCGGAGUCGAUGCCGACGACAUCUUUGCAGAUAGUUAUGGGAGUCUUGGUUCCUUGGUCUGUCUGCUGCUGAUGUACGGCUUCGCCGCCCUUCCUUUCACCUACGUCUUCAGCUUCGGCUUCAAGAAUAGUGGGGCGGCAUUCACCGUCCAUGCGCUCGUUGAUGUCUUCCUCGGGGUGUCAUUAUUGACAGUCGAAUUGGCUUUCGAGCACGAUAUCCGUACAUUCCCGGGGAUCCGCAAGGCCCUCGGGAGCCUGUUCCCGUUUUUCGGUUUCGGACACGGGAUCCUCAACCUCAUACAACUGGCCUACGAGAACGGGCGAUGUGAGGCAAUUGGAAACAAUGUCAGGAGCUUUUUAUGCUCCACGCCCAACAUAACUAAAUAUGCAGACCUCACCGUCUGUUGCGACAACUGCAUGGAAUUGCCCAACGGUUGCUUCGAGUCCAAGAGGUACAUCAGUUUGGAAGGGUUGAACAUCGGGGAAGCCAUUAUCAUGUUGGGGUGCUCGGGUCUCUUCUGGUUCGUCUGCCUCUUCCUCCUCGAGCAUCGGCACCCGCAGCGACUAUGGGGCAGGCUAUUCGCAUAUUCGGUGGCGCAUGACACCGAGACGACUCAAGUGGACGAGGAUGUGCUCCGCGAGGAAGAGCGGAUCCGGGACCUUUUCCAAAAAGGAGACACCAAGAAGGACGCCCUGCUGGCGGUGGGGCUAACUAAAUCCUUCAAACGCUUCGUUGCUGUGGAUCGCUUGAACAUCGGGGUCCACCACGGCGAGUGCUUCGGACUGCUGGGCGUGAACGGGGCGGGGAAGACGACGACGUUUAAAAUGCUGACCGGAGAGGAGGUAAUUACCUCGGGCGGGUCGUGCAUCUUGGGAUAUAGCCUUGGCGUGGACCCAAGAAAGUACCUGUCUCACCUGGGCUAUUGCCCUCAAUUCGAUGCUCUGGUGAAUGUGAUGACCGCGAAGGAGACACUGCUGAUGUAUGCCCGACUUCGAGGGGUUCCGGAAUCCGUCGCGGAACCACACGUCGACUCACUCAUUGACAAACUUGGACUGACGGAAUACAAGAACAAGCAAUGCGGGACAUACAGCAGCGGAAGCAAGCGAAAGCUUUGCACAGCCAUUGCCAUGGUGGGGGAGCCGACUUUGCUGUUACUGGACGAGCCGACCUUGGGCGUGGAUCCCGUCUCCAGGCGCAAGAUCUGGGAGGCCCUAGUUGAUUGCACCGACAAAGGCCAGAGCAUCGUGCUCUCCUCCCAUAGCAUGGAGGAAUGCGAGUACUUGUGUCACCGGCUCGGGAUCAUGGUGAACGGGCGGUUCCGCUGCCUGGGCAGCCCGCAGUAUCUCAAGGACAAGUACUGCCAGGGAUACUCCAUCAAGGUGAAGACGAAGAUGUCUGCGUCGGCAGAAAAGCUCGAAGAGCUCAAAGCCUUCCUCGUUCAAACCUUGGGAGGAUCCUUCCUUCGCGACGAAUAUAUGGGAAUGCUAAACUUCCUAGUGGAACGCCGGGAUGUGACAUGGGCCCAGCUCUUCUCGAUUGUGAGGGAUAUGAAGACGAGAUUCGAAGACGUGGUCGCGGAUUCUCUCGUCGGGGAAACGUGUCUGGAGGAUGCUUUUCUUUCCUUCACCAGUGGGUAGGUCCAGCAGAUGCUGUAGGUCAAGUGCCGACUCUGCCUUUGCUACGGCAAGUCCCAGUGAGGAUAGACUAAAAUGAUACUUUUUCUGGGAAUUCAUUUUUUUUCUCAUUCCUCCAGCAGGUUUUUAAAGUGCAUGGUCUGGAAACGAUUUUGGAGUUGUGACACCCUCUACCAUGAAUGCAGAUUGAAUAUUAUGUUGUUAUUAUUCUUGUUAAAUUAUUGCUCUACGAAAUUGUAUGUUGUGUUUCUGUGUUCAUUGCGCUCUAGUGGACAAACGGUUAAAUAUGUCGCGGAGAAAUUUUGCACCAUCACUUUUCGCCAUCAGAAGACUCAAUUAUGGAACUUUUUCUCGAGCGCAUUAUUUCCCUAAUUUUUUAAGGAAAAAAAAAUUAAUUUCGCAAAGUAAACCAAAUGCGG